AUGGCUGACAUCGACGACGAACUCCUGGCCCUUGCGGGCGGUGAUUCGGACGACGAGGGAUCCGUGGUCGCCAGCAGAGAGGCAUCGGCGUCGCCGCCACCAGCCUCAGAAGACGAGACGCCUCAAUCACCAGAAACGAAACCAAAGCGGCGGUCAAAACAGGAUGAGUCGGAAGAUGAAGGCGAGGCAUCUGAUGCGCCAUCACACAACUCUCUUGAAUCAGCUUCGAUGGAUGAAUCCGACUCCGAUGCAGAGCCCAGUCGCGGCGCGGGCCGCUCUGCUGGUAUCGCGGGUGCUGGCGGCGACGACAAGUACCCCGUUGACGGCAUGUUUAUCAGCGAGGCCGAAAAGGCUGAGAUCAUGGCCAUGCGAGAAGUAGAGCGAGAGCAGAUCAUCGCGGAUCGAGUCUCUGAGAUAGAACGUCAGCGACAAAACCGCCUUUUGCGACAAAUGGUCAACAACGUCGAGAUUGAGGAGCGCAAACAAGUCAAGAAGAAGCGCAGCGCUGAUCCGGCCGAACUCGAGGACGGCACACGCAAGGCUGCAAGGACGAGGACAGGCAAGGGCAGCGAAUCAGCGAUUGAUUCCUUCCGCAGGGCGCGCGCUGAGAAGCAGAGACGGCAGGAGGAUCGGGAGAGGCGGAGGGACGGCCUAUCGCCGCGUGGUCGCGAGUCAAGAGAGCCAGAGGAGAGUGACGAUGAUGAUUUUGGACAGACCCAUCGUUCGCCUGAGAAGGCUGCUUCCCGAGAGCUGCCGCUACCAGAGCUUCGUGAUUUCGAGAGAGUUCGUCUCGGCAGAAACGAGUUUGCGCAGGUUUGCUCUACUCCUGGCUUUGAAGCGGCCAUUACGGGAUGCUAUAUCCGUAUCGCUCUUGGUGCCCAUCCUGAAACGGGCGUCGAGCAGUAUCGACUGGCUCUGAUCAAGGGAUUUACAACCAGCAGACCUUACGCUCUGAAUGGUCCCCAGGGCUCAUUUGUAACGGACCAAUAUGUCAAGGCCGCUCAUGGCAAGGCUAUCAAGGAGUUUCCUUUCAUUGCAGCGUCUGGCGGGUCAAUUACAGAGAGCGAACUGAAUCGAUACAAGGUCACUUGCCACAAUGACGGCGUUACACUGCCUACCAAAGCUUUCCUCAUGGACAAAAUUGAUGAUAUUAAUGGACUGAUUAACCACAAGUGGACAAAUGAGGAGAUCAAGGCUAGAGUUGCGAAGCGCAAUGAAUUCCGAAAGCGGUUUGACCCAUCGGAACGCCAGCGGGUUGCUAAUCUUCUCGAGGAGGCGAUCCAAGAAGGCGACGACCAAAAAGUGGAAGAGCUACAAGAGGAAUUGGAUAAGCUAGGCAGAGAGCGCCUCGCCUUCAAAACAAGCCUGGGGGCAUCAAAGAAUCCAGAGGCCACCAAGGCUUCAUCAGAACAAGACAGGCUAGCGGAGCGUAACAGAGAGAACCGUCGACUCAACCAAGAAGCAGUCAGGAAGGCCCAAUUGAAAGAAAAGGCCAAGGCUCGAGAAAUCGAAAUGGCUCUCAAGCGAGGAGAGGUGAUUCAGGAAGACUACUCCCGACGACUUCGAACGAAAGCCAAGUUCGUCCACGACAUCAACGAGAAGGUUGGCGAGAAGCCGGAGGCUCCCAAGGACGGCGCUGGUGCAGGCAUCAACGGAACUCAGAGCCCUUCAGCAUCGCAGGCCUUGCCACACCUGACAAAGCUGCAAGAGAAGCACUACUCGGAAACAAAGGGUCUGCCGACGAUUCAUAAGCCUAUCAUGGAUGAUGACGUGAUUGGGGCAUUGGAUUUGGAGAUUGAUGUUGAGAUCUGA